UCACCCAUGUAGUAGUGGAUGACAGUAUGGGCUGUGACAGGGCUCUCAGGCUGCUCAAAGUGGACAGGUUGCCCUCUGGAGUUUAUCUGUUGAAGUGCACCUGGCUUAUGCAUCAGUGAGCAGAGACUGCUGGAUACAGCAGACUACAGCCAACUCAACCCAGACAAAGACAUGGAAACUACAAAGGACGGUGUCAAAGAAGACGUACUCAACAAAAUCCCACUCCCAGCCACACAGGACAUGAAGCAGCCGAUCUCUGAUGAAACAAAACCAGAUGAGUCGACAGAGACUGUCCAAGACACUAAAGAUGACUUCAAAGACGAAUAUGGCGUCUCCCAGAGCGAUCUGGAGGCUCUGAUCAGUGGCUUGCACCCCAAAGACGAGACCCCCAGUACUGCCACUGCCCCCUCAGACCCCCAACAGACGCCUUUCUCAGGGAAGUGGGUGUGUGCCCAGUCCUCCCAGUCCAAGGUUGACAACCACAACAAGCACAUCAACGAUAAACUGGAGGUGCUGGCCAAGGCCUACACUCACCAGGAGGACAGAUGGAGAGCACUGGGCUACUCCAAACCCGUCAACGCCCUCAAGAGCUACCACAAGCCUAUCACGUCCUAUGAGGUAGGUUAUUUAGUCCCAUAUCUGCAUAGUUGGUGA